AUGGAGGAAGAUUCGAGGAAGAACGUACCGAUCGCACGAAUUCCCGCAAUCAAACGACCCGACCCACUGCUCCUCCUCCUCCUCGCCGUCUCUAUGCACCACGGCGCACGCCUUCUUCUCUCCCUCCCUUUCCCGCACGCGAGCCACUUUUCGCAAGCGCGGCCGCAGGAGAGGUCCACGCGCGCGGUGUCGGCGGUCGAGGACAGGAGUGCAGGGGCGUGGGACGUGCAGGAGCAGGGACGCGUGUGCAGGGAGGCUGGCGCGAAGAGAGGCAGUAUACCUCGUGAAUAUCCUCGUCGCACGUCCCUUCUCUCCCCCCAGCGUGUCUUUCCGCCACCGACCUUCCUCAUUGUGGUCGUUGUUGUCGUCGACAUCGCGGUCGUUGACGCUCGGACGGUCGCGAUGCUUGGCCCGUCAUCGGGCAGCGUGAGCGUGUGGGCGUCGGUGGGGCAGGACGCCUCAGCGACGGUGAUCGUGGGUGGCACCGGGAAAAGAGAUGGUGGCGAGCGUGGGCGUAGGUGUGGACGAGGUUAG